UUGGAAAGAGUAAACGUUCCCCUGUGCUUUACUGACUGAAGAAGACGGAAAUGUCAUGAUAGACCGAUACUUUUUUACUGUGGGAUUUGAACCUACCAAUAGUAUUCUUCAUCUUUGCACUAAGAUUAUUUGUAAAGUUUUUUUUGCGCAGUUUAUCAGUUUACAGUCUGAAGUUGAUAUCCAUAAACAAAGGUAGGCUAUUAUGCCAGGUUUAGAUUUGAAGUUUCUGGAGAGACCGAGGAGGAGGUUGUAUUGUCCUCUGUGUGAUAAGCCGAUGAGGGACCCGGUGCAGGUGUCCACCUGCGGACACAGAUUCUGCGACACCUGCCUGCAGGAGUAUCUCAGUGAAGGUGUGUUCAAGUGCCCAGAGGACCAUCUGCCACUGGAUUAUGCCAAAAUUUUUCCAGAUGUGGAACUGGAACAGCAGAUUCUGUCCCUGCCCAUCCGCUGCAUCCACAGUGAGGAGGGCUGCCGCUGGACCGCGCAGAACAAGCUUCUCCAGGCCCAUUUGUCCAUGUGUGAGUUUAACGUGGUGUCGUGUCCAAACCGUUGCUCUGUGAAGUUUCUGCGACGUGAACUGCCUGAGCACCUGCAGCAUGACUGCGUUAAGAGAAAACUACACUGUGAUCACUGUGGCGACCAGUUCACCGGGGAGGCAUAUGAGAGUCACCAGGGUGAAUGUCCUGAGGAGAGUGUGUACUGUGAGAAUAAAUGUGGUGCUCGUAUGGUCCGGAGACUGUUGGACCAGCACUCUGUGUCAGAGUGUCCCAAACGCAAACUGCCCUGCAGAUACUGCAGAAAAGAGUUCCUCUAUGACACUAUUCAGCCUCAUCAGCAGCAGUGUCCACGCUUCCCUGUGCAGUGCCCUAACAGGUGCGGCACACCGGGUAUCACGAGAGAGACUUUAAUGGCACAUGUAAAGGAAGGAUGCAACACUGCUAUGGUGCUUUGCCCAUUUAAGGAGGCUGGCUGCAAACAUAGGUGCCCUAAGACUGGAGUGGCACAACACCUUGAGGAGGGCACCCACACCCACCUCUCUCUUCUGUGUGGUCUGGUGAAUCGUCAGAGGCUGGAGCUCAGGGAACUGCGGCGUGGGGUGGAGGAACUCUCUGGAAGUCGAGAUGGCACACUGCUCUGGAAGCUCACAGACUACAGCCAGCGACUACAAGAAGCUAAGAUCAAGACUUCUGGGAGUUUGGAAUUGUUUAGUCCUGCCUUCUACUCCCAUACCUAUGGUUACCGUCUGCAAGUGUCUGCCUUUCCCAAUGGGAACGGCAGUGGCGAGGGCUCUCACUUAUCAGUCUACAUUCGAGUUCUACCAGGAGAGUACGAUGGGCUGCUGGAGUGGCCUUUCCCUUACCGUGUUUCCUUCUCACUGUUGGAUCAGAGUGACCCGGCGCUCACCAAACCCCAGCAUAUCACAGAGACCUUCAACCCGGAUCCCACCUGGAAGAACUUCCAGAGGCCGCGGCCUGGAGCUCUGGGAAGUGUGCGUGGUGGAUGUCUGGAUGAGAGCAUGCUGGGAUUUGGCUACCCAAAGUUCGUCACGCAUGAGGAGAUGAAGAAAAGAAACUAUAUCAGAGACAACGCUAUUUUCAUUCAAGCCUCCAUAGAUGCGGUCCAGAAGAUAUUGAACUCUUGAAUUCUGGAAUAAAUGUUAAAUAAUCUGAAAAUAUAUCUCUUGUGGCCCUUUUUGCUCAUAUUAAAAAUGAAGAUGCAUAAUUUUUUGUUAAAUCAGGGUUUUACCACAAAUGAAGGAUAUUUAGAUACUAAGAAGGUUCAUAAAUGUUUUGUCUUUUGCAUGUAUAUUAAUAUGUUAGU